AUGGGAUCGAUUUAUAGUAGUCAAUGGUUGUUGAUUGGUAUUCUCAUGCAUUUGAGUGCGGGCAUAUCGUUCAAUCAACCAAAAUUUUCUGCAUGUGCAUACUGGAAUCCGAAUGGAACGUUUUUUGCUAAUGCCAGCUCAAAACCUUUUGGUUUGUUCGUCAGUGUGAACAACAUUGUUUAUGCCUCUGAACAAGCUACCAACCGUUUUCAAGUAUGGUCUAAUUCAGGCGACACUCCAAUUAGAACAGCAUCUGCUGGCCUGUUCAACCCAGCUGCUAUCUUUGUUCAUGACAAUGGCGACGUUUAUAUUGACAAAGGUAGUACGGUUGCCAAGUGGACUUUCAACUCAACCAGCAGCAUCGACGUGAUGAAUGUCGAUGCACAAUGCAUGGGAAUGUUUGUUGAUAUGAACAAUGCGCUGUAUUGCAGUGCUGGCAACACCAACAAAGUGCUGAAACGAGCCCUGAAUUCCAGUACAAUGAAUGCAACGGUCAUUGCCGGUAAUGGCACUUGUUCAUCGCAACCAAAUACAAUUUGUAAUCCUCAUGGAAUCUUUAUUGAUAAUAAUUUCACUCUAUAUAUAGCUGAAUAUGGUCUCAACAAAGACGUGGUAGGAAAAAACGAUGCGUACGUUGAAGUUUAUGUGGAUAAAGAUUACAAGCAGCGAACGGUUACCGUCAAAGAUACAAAUGAUCCAACAUGGAACCAAAGAUUUACUUUUAAUUUGAAAAGCAAUCCUGAUUAUUUGUAUUUGAAUGUUUACGACGAGGAUGUGGUGGGCCGUGACUCCGUUGGUUCAGCAAAGAUUGACUUGAGAAAGCAUGUUUAUGGCAAAAGUAUGUAUAAUGUUUGGGUGCCAUUGCCACAAAUGCUCGGCCUUCGUUCCAAUGGCGAGAUUCAUGUCAUCGUCGAACAUCGACCAUAA